AGGAGAAUAACAGUCUUCUCUCUGCCUGCUCUUUUCUACGUCCGUAAGAACAGCUUUCUCGGUUUCACUGAGAAACCCUAGAAACAGAAGCUACAAGACUGUUGUUGAGGAGUGAAAGCUCAACAACUGAACACCUUUCUGUCUCCGGCAGCUCUCACACAGAUAUCGACGAGAUUUCUCCAUCUCGGAUCACUUGAAGAGUUUUCCAUGCACGGAACCCUUGUUUCAUUUGGAUCAUGUUUGCUAGAGCUUUUGGCAGUUGAAGCUGGUCCUCUUCUGCUACACAAAACCAAUCAUGGUAACUUGGACAGUCUGCCGAAAUCCUCAACAUCCCAUCUGUAUAUAUAAAUCUCGGUAGAAAACUGAUGAUAGAAAGAUGGGGAAGGGAGGAAGCUGGUUUUCUGCAAUCAAAAGGGUCUUUUCGCCACAUUCCGGGGAGAAGCUAGGCAGCGUAAGUGAGCAGGAACAGGAGAGAAACUGCACGAAAGACAAGAAGAAGAAGAAGAAGAAAGGGUUUGGGACAAGGCAUGGAGAGAACAAUUCUUUUCUACCCAUGUUCAGGGAGCCUAGCAGUAUCGAGAAGAUCUUGGGCGAGGCGGAAAGAGAGCACAACCUUGUUUUCAGACCUCCAAUAUCUUCCCCCGACCGAUCAAAUUCAUCGUCAGGCCCUGGUCUUCCUCCUGUUAGGCCUGCUUCUCCUAGGGUUCCUUCUCGAAGAUCAGUUCCUCCUAAAGUCCCUUCUCCAAAGACUCCUUCGCCAAGGGCCACUUCGCCUAGGGUUGUGCAGAGACAUGAGUUUGUCUAUAGACCAGAGCCGACUCCCGAUUUCCAAAACUCUUCUGCCAUAAAGAUCCAAUCAGCUUUCAGAGGUUUCAUGGCGAGGAGGAGUUUUAAGGCUCUGAAAGGUCUGGUAAGGCUUCAGGGAGUGGUGAGAGGACACAACGUUAAACGCCAGACAACGAAUGCAAUGAAACACAUGCAGCUACUGGUCCGUGUCCAAAGCCAGAUCCAAUCACGUCGAAUUCAGAUGUCGGAGAACCAAAAAAGUGGCCAUGCAAAACGGACCCGUAGCUCGUCUGAAACUUGUAAUGAGGAUUGGGAUGAUAGUGUACUGACAAAAGAAGAAAAGGAAGCGAGGUUGCAGAGGAAAAUUGAUGCCAUAAUCAAGAGAGAACGAUCCAUGGCCUAUGCAUAUUCUCACCAGUUGUGGAAGAACAGUCCCAACUCUGUCCAGUUUAGUCUGACUGGUUUUCGUUCUGGUGGGUUCCCUCUAUGGUGGAACUGGUUGGAGCAGCAACUUCCUCUGGCUACUCCUUCCCAAAGACCGAGCCAACCCUUGAAGGACUCCAGGUUCACACCAUCACGGCCCAGCCCUAGCAGACAAAACCAUUUCAACUUCGACACUCCAACUCCCAAAUCAUCAAAAUUCACCAUCCUCACUCCUCCAAGACCUGUCCAAACACCGAAACCAUCAAGAAGACACUCAAGAGGACGAAGAAUCCUAGGUUCUCCUUUCAAAGACGAUGACAGCCUCACGAGCUGCCCUCCCUUCUCAGUCCCAAACUACAUGAACCCAACGGUCUCGGCCAAAUCUAAAGUGAGACCGGACAGCAAUCCAAACGGAACACCGAGCAGCACCGAGAAUAGGAGGCUGUCUUUCAAAUGGAACAAAGGGUCUUUGUUCAUUAUCAACAACAACAAGGACAAGGGUUCAGGUUCAUCUAAUGGAUUUGUGUUGGAGAAGCAUAAGACUAUCCAAUCCAUAGGUAAUCUAAGCGUAGAUUCCGCUGUAUCCAUGCCGGCUACAGUUGGGAGGAAGCCAUUUAACAGAUUUGCGUGAUUUUUUUUUUGUUUCCGUUCAGGUUUUUUUUUGAGUUACUUUAUCUUUGCUUUGAUUUUUUCAUUAUUACUUCGUUUGUGGGGGGUGGCGUUGAUUUUCGGGAGCUUUCUUGUAAUUUGGAUCACGAAACUACGGAUGUAAUCUAAUAACAGAAAGAACAGUGGCAAACGGAUUGGCUUGAAGAACAAAUCGAAAAUACUUCUUGA